ACGGGCAUCGGGCCCCCAGGCGGGGCAUCGGGCCCCCAGGCGGGGCGACGGGCAUCGGGCCCCCAGGCGGGGCGACGGGGCAUCGAGCCCCCAGGCGGGGCGGCGGGCGCCGGACCCCCAGGCGGGGCGACAGGCAUCGGGCCCCCAGGCGGAGCGGCGGGCGCCAGACCCCCAGAUGGAGCGACAGGUCUCGGGCCCUCAGGCGGAGCGACAGGUCUCAGGCCCCCAGGCGGGGCGGCGGGCGCCGGAUCACCAGGCAUUGGAUCGUCUGGCUCGACAGCGGGCAUCGGGUCACCAGGUAUCGCGUCAUCUGGCAAGGCAGUGGGCACCGAGUCACCAGGUACGACAGCGGGCUCUGAGUCAAUUGGCACGAUAGCAGGCACCGGAUCAGGUACCGGAUCAUCUGGAUCAACAGCGGGCAUCGAGUCAACUGGCCUAAUAGGAUCGUCAGGCUGGAUCAGUUCAUCAUGCUGGGUAGAGGCAUCAGGCUGAAUGCCGGCGUCCGGAGAGUAGAGGCUUCAGGCUGAGUAGAGGCUCCAGGCCGAGUAGAGGCAUCAGGCCGAGUAGAGGGCUCCAGGCCGAGUAGAGGCUCCAGGCCGAGUAGAGGCAUCAGGCCGAGUAGAGGCUUCAGGCCGAGUAGAGGCAUCAGGCCGAGUAGAGGCAUCAGGCCGAGUAGAGGCUUCAGGCCGAGUAGAGG